AUGUUGAACAGAAAUAGAACUGCCUCACAUUACAAACCUUGUGGAAAAUGUGGUGGAAUGUACUCAACAUUGUCACUCUCUUCUCAUUAUAGACGUUGUGAAUUGAACAGAUUGAAAGGUUCCAAAGACGUUCUCAAAAAUAGUAAGAAGAAGAGUAUACUAGCUACGAUAGCUUGUUCAGUAUUGAGAAAUGAAAUUUUACCAGUCCUCCGUGAUGAUGAAAUAACAAAGGCAAUUGUAUCUGAUGAUCUAACAAUUGCAUUCGGAAACCGAAUGUGUCAAAAAUAUAGAUCACCUCACCUUUAUAAAAUGAUCAGAGCAAGAUUGCGAUGUGUGGCAAAACUUUUUUUAAUACUGAAAAAGAAGACCCAUGUAUACAAAUUCGAGCAGUUUUUUGAUUCCGAGUAUUAUGACUGCAUAAUAAGUGCUAUCAAUGAAAUGUGUCAACUGAAUGAGGAAACAGGAAAAUAUAAAUCAGCAUCUACUGCUUUUGCUAUUGGAAGUUAUCUUAAAAAAAUUUCUUUUUACUUGUUGUCCGAGUUAAUAAAAAAUAAAAAUAAAGAGAAGCAGAAUGAUGUGAAAUACUUUUUGCAACUUCUACAGGAAGGAUUGCAACAUGAUGUUUACAAAACUGUCGAGGAAAAUCAGCAAGAACAGAAGAGGAGGAAGAUAAUUGAACUACCUAGCUCAGAUGAUAUACUAUUGUUGAGAAAUUACUUGAAUAGAAAAAGAAACUUUUAUAUGCAAUGUUUAAAAAAGGAAUAUUCAUACAACAAUUGGAAGAGAUUAAUGAGUGUUAUAUUGAUAUCCCUUCAGCUUUUCAACAGACGAAGAGCAGGAGAAAUGGAAAGGGUGAAAAUAGAAGAUUAUUUGAAGUACGAACGACUAAAAGAUGAUAACGAAAUGUUAGGAUGUAUGUCUGCAGAGGAGAAAAAGAGAAAAAAGGGUUAUAUACGAUUUCUCAUCAGAGGUAAACGUUGUAGGGGGGGUAACAGAGAGAAUUUUGAAGGUAUACAAAUGAUAUCAAAAUUUAGGAAGCAAACAAAUAUAUCCGAAAGAAAUCCAUAUUUAUUUGGUUUACCUGGAAAAGAUGACUUCAAUCAUCUUCUUGCAACUCGACUAUUGAACCAAUAUUCCAAGCUGUGUGGUGCCAAGAAACCUCACACCUUACGUGGGAUUGAACUGCGUAAGCAUAUUGCUACAAAAUGUGGCACAAUGAAUUUGGGAGAUGUCGAAUUAAAAGACGUUGCUGAUUACCUAGGGCAUAAUGAAAAAAUUCAUCUUGAUCAUUAUAGAUUGCCUAGCGCUACCAAAGAUAUAGUAAGGAUGUCAAAUAUACUUGAAUGUGCACAAGGAAGUAUCAAUGAAUCAUUAGAUGAAAUUGGGGAGAGAUAUUCUAUUUCCGAAAACAGUUGUAAUGGUAUAUUCGAGGAAUCCAAAAAUGAAGAUAAUUUCAAUAAUCCAACUUCAGGUAAAUUUAUAAGAUACAUAUCAUAUGUUUUAUAUUUUUCUUUUUCUUUGUAUAGAAGGCAUGCGAAAGAGUCACAAAAAAAUAUCCUGGACUAA